CCCAAAUCUCUGCUAUAUUUUAACUAGUUAUUAAAAGACACACCGUUUGGCGGCUAGCAAGGGAAAGCCAUAGCAGAAGUGCUGUGAGGAUUGCUCUUGUUAGCUUUUGCUUUUGUUUUUGUUUUUUAAUUUCUCUCUGAAAAUGGGAAGAGAAAGGAAAGACAGCACUGAGGUGAAGAAAAAGAAUAAUGGGUCUAUACGAUCCAUUUUCAUGCAUGCAGACGGUAUAGAUAUGUUCUUGAUGGCUUUGGGGUUCAUCGGAUCCGUUGGUGAUGGCUUGACUACGCCUUUGGUGUUGUUUGUGACUAGUAGAUUAAUGAACAAUGUCGGCAAUGCAUCAACUACCGAUGCAGAUGUCUUCACCACUAACAUGAACAAGAAUGCAGUGGUGUUGCUCUACUUAGCUUGUGGAGGAUGGCUUGCGUGUUUCCUAGAGGGAUUUUGCUGGACAAGAACAGGUGAAAGACUAGCAACAAGAAUGAGAGCAAGAUAUUUGAAAGCAGUGUUAAGGCAAGAUGUGGGUUACUUUGAUUUGCAUGUCACCAGCACCGCAGAAGUCAUCACAAGCGUCUCUAAUGAUAGUCUUGUGAUUCAAGAUGUUAUCAGUGAAAAGGUUCCAAACUUUUUGAUGACUACUGCCACAUUCUUCGGUUGCUAUCUAGUGGGAUUCUUGAUGCUAUGGAAGCUAACCAUUGUUGCAUUUCCCUUUGUUGUGCUUCUGGUAAUUCCUGGAUUAAUCUAUGGAAGGACUCUAAUGAGUUUGGCUAGGAAGAUAAGAGAAGAAUACAACAAAGCUGGAACAAUUGCAGAACAGGCAAUCUCUUCUAUUAGAACUGUUUAUUCCUUCGUUGGUGAAACCAAAACCAUCAAUGAAUUCUCUGCAGCCCUUCAAGGUUCAGUCAAGCUGGGGUUAAAACAAGGCUUAGCUAAAGGCUUGGCAAUUGGAAGCAACGGAAUUGUUUUUGGUAUUUGGUCUUUCUUGUCUUAUUAUGGCAGCACAAUGGUCAUGUACCAUGGUGCUCAAGGAGGAACCGUUUUCGCCGUAGGCGCCGCCGUGGCCGUGGGUGGCCUAUCCUUAGGAUCUGGUUUAUCAAACGUGAAGUACUUCUCAGAAGCAAUGUCUGCAGGGGAAAGAAUAAUGGAGGUGAUAAAGAGAGUCCCCAAGAUUGAUUCAGAUAAUAUGGAAGGCCAAAUCCUGGAGAAUGUUUUAGGAGAAGUUGAGUUUAGGCAUGUGGAAUUUGCAUACCCAUCAAGGCCUGAAAGCAUAAUAUUGAAAUAUUUUAGCAUAAAAAUACCAGCAGGAAAGACAGUGGCCUUAGUGGGAAGUAGUGGCUCAGGGAAAUCCACAGUAAUUUCACUAUUACAAAGGUUUUAUGACCCACUUGGAGGUGAAAUUCUUCUCGAUGGAGUGGCUACUGAUAAAUUACAACUCAAAUGGCUGAGGUCACAAAUGGGAUUGGUGAGCCAGGAGCCUGCACUAUUUGCAACAACAAUUAAAGAGAACAUACUUUUUGGGAAAGAAGACGCCACAAUGGAAGAGGUUAUAGAAGCAGGUAAAGCUUCAAAUGCGCAUCAUUUCAUCUCUCAGUUGCCUCAGCAGUAUGAUACCCAGGUUGGGGAGAGAGGAGUUCAAAUGUCAGGAGGACAAAAGCAAAGAAUCGCCAUUGCGAGAGCAAUAAUCAAAGCACCGAGAAUCCUUCUCUUAGACGAGGCAACAAGUGCACUCGACUCUGAAUCCGAGCGAGUUGUUCAAGAAGCUCUAGACAAAGCCGCCGUUGGACGCACCACCAUCAUCAUUGCUCAUCGUCUCUCCACUAUCCGCAAAGCCGAAGUGAUCGCUGUCGUCCAAAAUGGCCAAGUCAUGGAAACGGGUUCCCACGACGAGCUCAUACAAGACGAAAACGGUCUCUACACUUCACUUGUUCGUCUACAACAAACUGAAAAACAACAAACAACCACCCCAGAAGAGACCACAAUGAUGAUCAAUGCCAACGUUUCAGCUAUGCACGGCCCGUCUUCUAUAUCAAACUUGGACGGGAACAACACCAGUAGCCGUAGGCUUUCACUGGCCAGUCGGUCAAGUUCAGCAAAUUCUUUCGCAGCAAGUCGAAGUUCACUAGCCGGAGAUCAAAGAGACAGCAAUGAAGAAGAUUACAAGAAUUUGCCUGUCCCAUCAUUCAGAAGAUUGUUAGCAUUGAAUAUCCCAGAAUGGAAACAGGCAACUUUGGGGUGUUUAAGUGCGGUUAUGUUUGGUGCAGUGCAACCAGUUUAUGCCUUCGCCAUGGGGUCUAUGAUAUCAGUUUAUUUCUUGACGGAUCACGAUGAGAUCAAAGAGAAGACGAGGAUCUAUGCAUUGUGUUUUACCGGGUUAGCAGUGUUCUCUUUGCUGAUUAAUUUAAGCCAACAUUACAGCUUCGCUUACAUGGGUGAGUACUUGACGAAGAGAAUCAGAGAGAGGAUGCUUUCAAAGAUACUCACUUUUGAAGUUGGAUGGUUUGAUCAGGAUGAAAAUUCCAGUGGCGCAAUUUGCUCUCGACUAGCCAAAGACGCCAAUGUGGUGAGGUCAUUGGUGGGCGACCGGACGGCUCUAAUUGUGCAAACUGUCUCAGCUGUAACCAUAGCUUUUACCAUGGGCCUUGUCAUUGCAUGGAGGCUUGCUUUGGUGAUGAUAGCAGUCCAGCCGCUCAUCAUAGUAUGUUUUUAUGCUAGGAGAGUUCUACUCAAAAACAUGUCACAGAAAGCCAUAAAAGCCCAAGAUGAAAGCGGGAAGCUUGCUGCUGAAGCAGUCUCUAACCUUAGGACAAUCACUGCCUUCUGCUCCCAAGAUCGGAUCUUGAAAAUGCUCGAAAAAGCACAAGAAGCCCCACGACGUGAGAGCGUUCGACAAUCAUGGUACGCCGGUAUAGGCCUUGCCUUCUCCCAGAGCCUGACAUCAUGCACUUGGGCUCUAGACUUUUGGUAUGGCGGAAGGCUCAUCGCUCAUGGUUACAUAUCUUCUAAAGCCCUUUUUGAGACGUUUAUGAUCUUAGUGAGCACGGGUCGUGUCAUAGCUGAUGCCGGUAGCAUGACUACGGACCUUGCCAAAGGCUCGGAUUCUGUUGGGUCAGUCUUCGCUGUAUUGGACCGAUAUACAAGAAUUGAGCCCGAGGAUCCUGAAGGUUACCAACCUGAAAAAGUAACAGGGCACAUAGAACUUGAAGAAGUACAUUUUGCGUACCCUGCUAGACCUGAUGUGAUGAUUUUCAAAGGUUUUUCAAUCAAAAUUGAAGCAGGAAAAUCAACUGCAUUAGUUGGGCAAAGUGGGUCUGGUAAAUCAACAAUUAUUGGUUUAAUUACACGAUUUUAUGAUCCUUUAAAAGGUAUGGUAAAAAUCGAUGGUCGAGACAUAAGAUCUUAUCACCUCAGGUCAAUGAGAAGGCAUAUCGCACUUGUUAGUCAAGAGCCUACAUUAUUUGCUGGUACUAUUAGAGAGAACAUUAUAUAUGGUGCAUCAGACAAAACUGAUGAAUCAGAAAUCAUCGAGGCAGCUAAAGCAGCCAAUGCUCAUGAUUUCAUUGCUGGUUUGAAUGAAGGUUACGACACAUGGUGUGGAGACAGGGGAGCGCAGUUAUCAGGAGGUCAAAAACAACGAAUUGCAAUAGCUCGUGCCAUACUGAAAAAUCCAGCAAUCUUACUACUAGAUGAGGCAACUAGUGCACUUGACAGUCAAUCUGAGAAAGUAGUGCAGGAUGCGCUUGAACGAGUGAUGGUGGGGAGAACCAGUGUGGUGGUAGCACAUAGAUUGAGUACCAUUCAGAAUUGUGACCUAAUCGCAGUUUUAGAUAAAGGGCAUGUUGUGGAGAAAGGAACCCAUCAAUCCUUGUUGGCAAAAGGACCCAUGGGAGCUUACUACUCAUUGGUUAGCCUCCAAAGACCACCCUACACAAUAAUUCUCACUCAGCAGUCAAUUAAGUUUUGAUUAAUGAGUGAAAUUAGGGUUUUUAUUAUGUGUAAUUGUAUAUCUACAAGAGUGAAAUUAGUUAAUGCAUAAAUUAAUGCUCUUGUGCUCUAACAUCAAAUGUUUGGCUACGUUUGUUUUCUUAUUUUGAAAAUAUCCU